UCUCGCGCUCGAUGGUACAAUCUCGAUUUCUUAUGCUUCGUAGAGAAGCUAUCAUCACAGCAACAACAGAAACAACAUGAGCUUGAGUCAGCAAAAUGUCGCCUCCACUGUUGAAGACCAUACGCACAUUGAAGGAUUCCACAUUUGAAGCUUGUGUCUGCAUCAGUGCACAUCUGAAGGCAUCUGCAUCUGCUUCCGUAACAGCAGGGAACGGAGCCAAAGCUGACAGAAAUGACCUCAAAACCCUGACCAUCGAGUUAAGACUCCUUGGAGGCACACUUUAUAGUCUUGAGUCCCUCAUCGUUGAGUUAUCUGCAGACAAUGAUACCGCCGAUAGCACCCUGGGUAUCACCCCUAGCGCCUCAGGAUCCGAAAAUGACCCUUCACAAGAGUGGCCAAUUGUCGAUGGGUAUGAGAUACUCCUCACUGCCAUAAAGUCAUUUCACCAUCUCGCCACUUCUGAUGGGAUCAAAGCCGCCAGAUCAUCACUCCAUGAUAUUCGAUCCAAACUAGCCUUCGUGCUCGGAAUCUCAGACACUCUCGAGGAUAUCUCACUUCGGCUCACCCUACUCGAAUCAGAACCAUUGCCCCAACUUCUGGUCCAGAAGGAAUAUGACCCAGAGGCUAUCGAAUCACCUGUACAGACCCCCUAUGACGAUGAACAGGGAGAAGCAAGACCCGAAGAUGUCUCCGCUUGGCUGAAUAUCCUUAAUUCGCUUGAAAAUGAUCGCGAACCCGCAGAAUACAACAAAGAGGUCACAUUAGUCCAGUCACGCCGCAUAAUAGAGCCAGCAUAUAGAAUAGCGGCUAUACGGUGGCCCAAAUACGCAGAGAUCUACUGGCAAAAACUUCGGCCCCAAGUCUGCUCCCUCUUCCGUAUGCAAAAGUCGUACAACUUUGUACAGUGGGUUCUUGAGUAUGCCAGGGAGACAUACCCUCGAACAUUCGGCACGAUGGCCCUUUCGCCAAGAUGUCUUCUCGAGCUAACUGAUGCGCUCUGCAACGGAUCUGUCUUACCACUUCAUAUUGCUGCUGCCCUCGGGUUGCCUAAUCUUUGCAGAGACCUUCUUUCAAUGGGCGCCAACGUCAACCAACCCGGUCUUCUCGGCACGCCACUAUAUUGCGCGCUCGUAGGCAGCAAGGUUCUUAUCACGCGUACGGAGCCAGUAUCGUGGUCGACUCUCCUCGUUGGUAAUGACUCUGAAAUUGAUCAGGCGGCAACUAUCCUAUUGCUUGUCGAGAAGGGCGCAGACUGCACGUUUCAUUAUUCUUGGAAAAAUGCUACUGAAGAGGUAUCACUAGCAGGCUUGGCGUUUUGGACUGCAAUGAAGGCCAAACAUGAAACAAUCUUUACAAACAUCAUCAAAGGAUUUACAAAUGCCAGCCAGGGAUCCACUGACAUCGCUAAAGCAGGUGCGCUGGACCCUUCUUUUUGUCUCCUUUUACAGCGAGAGCCUGUAGUCAAGCGCGGUCUGCUUCAUCGAACUCGGUUUGCCCGUUUGCUCACAUACAUCUAUGAUUUGACACUGGUCGACAUCGAAAGGGAGUCCACAGAGCACAAUUGGCUCCAAGAGCUGGUAGCUCGACUCAUGGUGCACGCCAACAUUAGGCUUUCCCCCUUGGCUGAUGGAAAGGUGGACACAUUGAAAGACAGCAACUUUGCGGCUGUCGUUAGGACUGCUGUUUUGGACUUCAAUGUGAUCUUGGUGGAUCGUCUGAUCAAAGACCCAAGAUUCUAUCCCAACUUCAAAUACGAUAAGGAGGAGACUCUUCUCCACAUGGCUGCUGAAUCUGCACAGAAUGAGAUUCUCGACAUGCUGAUUCAAGCUGGGGCCGAAAUAAGAGCCAGAGAUUCGAGUGGUCGCACACCACUCAUGGUCUGUAAUGAAGUUAGUCCUAUGGCUAAGCUGAUUCUCGAACACGCUGCACCGACUUUUGACAAGGAUAAUGGCGGCCGCAAUGUUUGGCACUACUUCGCCGCUACUAACGAAGACGACAUACUCAGAUUCCUGUGGGACAACGAUCCUUACAAGAUCCGCAACUUGAACGCCGUCGAUGAAGAAGGGUAUACGCCACUGCAGUCAGCGUUUUGUCACGUCGAGGCUCUUCAGCAGUCUCCCAAGACUUCCACGGCCGCCGCCCCGUUUGCAGCCUGGUUUCUGCUCGAGAAAAGUCAAGGGUAUCUACGAGCGGAGGGCAACGAGAACCUGGCUCGAUGGGCCGUCGAAUGGGGCAAUACGGGGCUUGUACAACAACUGUUCCAUCUCUUUCCUCAGGCUAACAUGAAUGAUGAAUUACUCCUCAAGUCACUUAACAUGUCGGCUUGCCCGGAGCUGGUCUCAUUGGUACUUGACAGGGCUGGACCCUCUCGGCCAUUCGCUGAUGGCACAACGGCAGCAGAGACAGUCAUCACAAACGUCAAGCUAUUGAAGGAAGGUCGAUUGACUAGUAGCCCAUCGUCACACCCAUCCUGCUCUCCAAGCAUGACACGCAGCGCCUACAUGCAGCUUCUUACGCCAGAAGUCCUCAAAUCGCGAGACUCAACUGGACGAGGCAUUUGGCUGCGGUUUACACAGGAUGUCCUCCCAUUGCUUAGCAGACAUUCGCUUGAACAUCCUACAAACCUCUAUUUCCUCACCUCUUUCAUAUGCAUGGCUAUAUCGUGCUUAGUGAAAGCCGGGGCCCUUGCAGAUUACGAAAAGGAGACUAAAAAGUGGGCAGUCAGCUGUAUAGCAACGAAAGGGCAGGAGUCUGUCAGUCUUCCGAGAUGGGAGACAUGGCACAUCCCGUUUGCCGCCGCUAUCUUGGCUACUUGGUUUGACGACAAAAAUCUGCAGGACGGCGAGCUAGGGAUCAUGGGCUUUUUCAACGAAGACGAGGCGGCACAUCUGCUAUCGAAGGCCGUCAGCUUCCGCAUGUCAGAAUUCGUCAAGCUACUCGUUCAAUGCGGCUGCAACGUGCACAAUCCUCGGCGGAGCCUGGAAGGGAAAUCGGUCUUUGAGACCUUCCUAGCUGAUAACCAGCCCUUGGACGUUGGCAUGAUUCGACCCCUUCUCUGUGGCACGAAGCCACAUCAGAUUAGGCAGCAGCAACACUAUACCUUCACGGAGCUCGUACGAGUACCCGAUGAAGCGAUUGCUGUGGAGAUUUUAGGUCAGCUCAUUGAUUGCGGAAUGGACGUUGACGGCUUGGAAAUUACUCCUGCUUUACCAUUGAGAUUCCCCGCAUCAUCCCCGUCCUUGCUCACGAUAGCGAUCUGUUCAAAGAGGAUCCUCCUGGCGCGAUUGCUGAUUGAACGAGGCGCAGAUGCCUCUUUGGCGCCGCCAAAUUCCAUCAGUGCCUACCUUCUUGCCGCUAAGCUUGGAUAUGUGGUUAUUCUUGAAAUGAUCAUCGAGAAAGUCGGAUCGGCAGAGUUUCCUUGGCUAGGCGUUUACGAACACAUGGAGGAUCGCGAUACUUACAAUGCCUUGCAGUUCGCGGCAGCCGGUGGGCAUCGUGAUGCCCUCACAACACUCUUAGAGGCCACACCUCUAGCUGACAAGAUCACUGCUACUAGUCCACGAUUUGGCAGAACAUGCGCCCACCUCGCUGCAAAGGCUGGUUCCCUGGAUUGUGUGAAGAUAUUGAAGAGAUACUCGGAAAGUCUGUUCAGUGUGAGAGACCUGUCAGGAAGAACCCCUCUGUUCUUGGCAAUCGUUGGCGGCAAUCAAGAAUUGAUUCAGUAUAUGAAAGACAAUUUGUUGGAUUACGAUAAUCCCCAGGAUAUGGGUAUCAUCUCAUUGAACCCAGUCCCAGACCAAGAUGACGACUCUGACAGUAAGUCGCUGCCAGAGUCAUCUCAUGGCGAAACAACCCACCAGCAGAAAAACUCCGAACCAAGACAACUAGGCGCCAUGAUAGCAGAUACGAUAGACCGUUAUCAACUAAGCCGUGACCCUUUGUUCACGUCUAUCCUUGACCACACCUCACGGAAGGACUUAGCGUCUGCCAUAAUGCCUUGUGGAGGCUGUACCCUUCUCAGUUACACGGCAACGACCAACAAGAUCCGGCCUAUGCUAGAACUGGUGGAGUUGGGGUUUAGUGGUUUCGUGGCUGGGUGUGAGGAACAUUGGCCUCAUGGCUACAACGCACUUCUUAGCGCAUGCCUGAAUUUUCGAACGCUGAUGGCAACCGACAUUUUUAUCCCUCCAGAAAAAGCACACUCCUUCUUCAAACUGUGCUUAGAUGGUUAUUUGAAAGCGAGGAUGAUAUGGUUCCAUCUCCCAAUCUCACCGAUCCAAGCCCUUUUCAACUCCUCCCGGAAUAGUGGCCAUGAUAUUAUUGAACAUCAGAUACGGGUACUUCAGAUAUUCAUCAACCAUCUAACUGAGCAUGCUCAGGUAUACUGGGCUAAGAUUAGGGCCUUUGGGCUUACUGCUGGGUUCGAGUUCUCUGCAGAUGAGAGCAUUCAAGAGAAAGUUCUACGUUACGCUCUGAACUUGAGAAAGGAGGUUACUUCGGGCAAUACUGACGCAACCCACAGUACGGUUCUGCAUGAUGUGAUACAUUGCCUUGCCAGAGAUGGCGGCCAUCAAUUUUAUGGCGCAACGACAUAUCACCAAGUGGCCAAACUCCUCAUCAAAAGUGGAGCCGAUGUCAAUGCGCAAGACUCAGAACUUGUAACCCCCCUACACCUGGCUGCUGGCUAUGGUCAAAUGGAUAUGGUGUUAUCACUCUUGAGAGCGGGCGCCAACCCGAAUCUUUUGUGUGCCCACGGCUCAUCAGCCCUGGAGCGAUCUCUCGCCCACGGCGACCUCCAAGUAACUCGCUGCCUAUUGGAAAAUGGCGCAAGCCCUGUGACAUUCUACAACAUUCCUUUCGAAGCGGUUCAUGGCGAUGUGGAUGUCCUUCGCCAGUUGAUUGAGCUUGGGGCGGAUCCCUACGAGGCAAGCCCAGGCACCGGAAGUACUCUCACGAGUGCGAUUUCUGGGGGUGCCGAGGGCAUGUCAUUUGUACUGAACGGAAACUUUGACUUUUAUCGACUUGCAGAACAGGAACCGCUCUUACUCAGCGAGAUUCUUGCUAAUAGGAAUUUAUCGCCUAUGGAGCUCAAAGCGAUCAUCAAGCGCAUGCCACGCAAGUAUCGUGCUCGCUUAGUGAACUCUGAACCGGAAGAGAAAUACACUCCAGCAUGUUCCGUUAUCCUUGAUGACGAUCCGAAGCUCCUGCAGGUGCUACUUGACGUCGGUCUCGACAUUGAGCGCGAGUGGCAUGGGAAGGGAACACCAUUGAUGUUUGCUGCUAGCAUCGGAGCCUUCAAAUGCUUCAAGCUCCUUGUCCGUCACGGUGCAAGGCUGGCAUACCUCACAACCGGAAGACGAGGUGAAGUCAUUGCGAGAUCUGUCACCGAAGCAGCAAAGCUCUACCCCCGCCUACUUCAAUGGGCCUUGAUCGAUCGUCACUACGAGACAAAGUGUCUCACACAAGCAGCACACAACGGACCUUUUGUCCCUAUAAAACCAUGGUCUGGCCGACGAAAGGCGGCAUACAAAGUAUCAGGCUGCGGUGAUGAGAUCCCCGAGCUGCCAACAGAGUCUACGAUGGACUUGCUCACCCGAGUUGCGAGGAUGAAGAGGGGUAUGAGAGGGAGAGUAUUGCCUGUCCUCCUUUGUGAUUUUGUGCCGGGAUUUGCGCAGUUUUAGUUGUACACGCGCAUCCGCAUGUAUGUUGAGAAGCCAAAGGUUCCGAUGCGUAGAGCCUAGAGGCCUUCUGUAUGAUUACUUACUGGGGAUUGCUUUGUAUGAUAGGACGGGAUGCAUUAUGCAUUUGAGGCAAGGUGUUGAAAAGGACUGAUAGGAUAGUUCAGAUGAUAAUUGUAAUUGUAACUCAAUUGAAGACA